AUGGCUCUAAUUCCGUGUCGGCAGAGUAAAUUAGCAUUACGCUGGGAUGAAUCCAACUUAUUCGACAAAUUGUGUGAUGAAUUGGUAGGCGAGAUACUUGUAAGACUACCCACAACAACAGCCGUUCGAUUCCAAGCGGUUUGCAAGCGCUGGAAUUCUCUCAUCUCUUCUCCUUACUUUAUUGCCCGCUUCCGUCACCUACGCCACCAACAUACAGAAUCAAGCAGCCUUGUUUUCCGAUUUGCAUAUUCUUGUGACGUCAGCUGUAUCUCUGACGGCUGCAACCAAUGCCAGUAUUCUCACUUCCAAAUCAUCUCCAACUCCAACUCUUCUAAUUCCUUAUUAGGAAAGGUGUACGGAGAGAGUGCAUUCCGUUUAAGUUAUCUCCCAUGUUCCCCUAAAGACCUUCAAACACUUCGAUUCGAAGGCUCCUUUGAUGACUUAAUCUUAUUCUCUUGCAUUAAUCUCAACAACACCAACACCUACAAAGUCGAUUAUUAUAUCUCCAAUCUGCUCACCAGACAAUGGAUUGCUCUCCCUCCAGUUGCCUACGAGGACGUGUAUGUCUCCACUGGCUUUCUAUGUGUUCCGCCCCCAGUGGAUACUUCUCAUCAUCAUAAGUUCAUGGUGGUGAGGCUUUGUUCUGGUAAUUAUGCAUAUACACCUCGUUCUCGGUUUAAAGCCCAAGUCUUUUCUUCGGAGAACUGGCAAUGGAGGACUUUGGUUGUUUCAUCGCCUCUCACCUUGGAGCAGCAUAUAGGGGGCAUUUCUCUUGUUGCCUAUAGAGGGAUGCUUCAUUGGUUAAACGGUGAUUGUAUCGUGGUGUAUGAUCCACUUAACACCCCGGAAAGAUUCUCUCGUAUCAUUCAUCUUCCAACUCAACUACGUACCUUCGAUAUUUUCAAAUAUAAUUGCUUUGAAGUAAGCCUAGGCUGUCUUCGUGUGACGGGAGUUUUAAGUGAGAAUGCAGUAAAUCCAGAUCCCGUACUGGAUGUAUGGGAACUGGAGGACUACGAUUCUGGGCUGUGGAAUUUGGUUUACAAGGUUCGCCUUAAAAAUCUUAUCCAUAAUGGGUUACUAGGAAGUGUGCAGUGUGAAUUGUGUUAUUUGUUAGUAAUAAGUUUCCAUCCUGAAAAUGGAGAUGUUAUUUAUUUACGCUUACGUACUGGAGUAGUCUCUAUCAACAUGAAAAGCGGAAUAAUAGAGCGACUCUACCCAAUAGAUAUGGCGAUGCUUUGUUGGGCGGAUGCCUUUCACCUUGUUGACCAGUGGUGGCCAACGGCACUAUCAUUACUGUACUAA